GGGUUACAAUUGUUCACCGAUUGUUUAUUUAGUCACUAUUUACUGCAAUGGAAAUUACACUUCGUUGCUGUCAUGGCUAUAACAAGUUCUUCUCACAUAUCUAAUUGUAAGUGAUAUUGGGUACGCUACGUUCUCUUUACUCGGAAUGAACCCACAAAGACGACGAGGCAACCGUCCACCUGGGGAUGAUCCCGGGGGGUGGUGGAAGUCUGUGGGAGGUCUCGUCCUAGCACGUGCCGGUGCCGUGGCAGCUGGAGUGGUUUUGACUAAAUGGUUUUCUGGCACCAAUAGGGAACGACCUGUGAGAUUAUUUUGGGAUAUAGAAAACGCACAGUGUAUGAUUCCGAAAUAUGCGACUUUCGAGAAAUGUGUGGCACAUUUACGUAGCAUUGCUUCGCCGCAUGGCAUUGAUUUAUAUGAACAAUACAGUAUCAAAAUCAUCUGCGGAGGGUUUGACGGCAACAGUCGAUGCUCUCAAGACAAGUGCAUUCAAGCUGCUAAAGUCUGCGAUAACGAAACGCUAAAAACCUGGAAAGCUGGCGGUACAGUUUCUACUAGACUUGAAGGUGUCACGAUUCAAUGCGGCUGGGAUAGAAAAACGCCAUAUGCAAAGGACAAAGCAGACAACAUGAUUUUCGAGCAACUGAUGGAUGUGUUCCAGUCAAACGCGUCCGAUACCAAAGUCAUAGUCGUAACAGUCGAUUAUCGGUUACGCGAACGAGUUCGCACGGCUCCCAUAGAUUCGUCCAAACACAUUGUUGUUUUGCAUCCAUUGAAUGAAACCCAAGACGGAGUCUGGCCGGACGAGUUCUAUAAGCGGUCUUCGUAAAAACCUGCAUUAGAAUUAAUUAAUUUGGAUGUCAAGAUCUUUACGACUGCUAAGCGGCACAAGAUUGUCGUUCCGGUUUAAUUACUUUCUUAUGUGUCUGUUUGUUUCGAAAACAUGCCUCUGCAGCAUCAGCAUCUGCAUCGUGCGUCAAUAGAUAUUCUCCACUUCAGCACUUGCCAUUUGCAACCACAUUCAGAAGUAACCUUUACGUUUGCAUUUACUGUGACGCCCCUUGCUGGAAAUCCCGAUAUUUACAACAAAUUACAGUACACAAAAGAUUUAAGUUUUAGUAUUUGCCGCUUUCCAUGUAUUUCAAAGUGCACACAUUUCAUUGAUUUCAAGUGCAAAGUGCGUACAAUGCAAAGUGCGCACAUAUUUCGUUCUAAAUUUCUAAGAAGGAGGUUGCCCUAAAGUGUGUGCUGGAUGGGGUCUCUUGUUAAGACUAAAAGAAUAUCCAAAGGAUUUUUGCCAUAAUGAUUUAGCAAUUAAAGGGGUUCCUAGUACAGAUGGGACCGUUCCUUAUUAAAGAUGUUA